AUGCUUUCAAUAGAAAAAGAAAAUUCAAGAGUUGCUACAACUAAACCAUUAGAUGAACUUUUUACGAAUGUCGGUCAAAAGUUUGAGACAGAGACCGUAAAGCAUGAAGGCUAUCGUUUUGACUACCCACUAAGAUGGUUAAGAGACCCAUCCGUCACAAAAGCUAUUGGCUUUCGUAGAAUGAAGUUCAUUUCAGAAGCCAUACAUGGUUUCCCAUUUACGGUCGCUUU